AUGUCAACAACAGAUCAUUCAUUAACAGAAGAGGAAGAAGAUGAAAUUUGGAAUAAUAGUAUAAAGCAAUGGAAAGAGAUUAAAGAGAGUAGAAGAAUUGAAAAGGAAAAGGCGAUUGCCGAGGGAAGACCAGUACCUACAAUCGAUGAAGAUGAGGAGUCGGCUUGGAAGGAUCUCCCUAUCUUUAUGGAAUCAUUGCCUGAAGGUGAGAACUUGGGUGUCGAUGCUUUGCAAACCAUCGUUGACGAGUGUCCUCCACAUGUAUUGGCCGACACGUACAAGGAAGAAGGUAACACUCGUUUCAAACUAGUCGUUCAAAAGACGACGUCAGAGGCUGACAAGAAACGAUUCAUGAACGAGGCAUUACACUAUUACACCAAGGCACUGAAUGUUAAAUGCGACGACAUGAAACGAAACAGUGUCAUCUUGUCUAACCGUGCUGCCGUACACAUGGAGAUGAAAAACUUUGGUAAAGCAAUCAAGGAUUGUACAGUGGCUGUAGAGUUUGAUGAGACCAAUAUCAAGGCAUUCUACAGACAAGUUAAAUCUCACUUAUCACUAUUGCAAUAUACCAAAGCUAUUCAAGUAGCAGAUCGUGCAUUAAAGUCGGGCGAUAACAAGGAUAUCAAAACAUUGCGUGAUCAAGCAGUUGCUCAUAUCGAACGUGCCCAACGACUUGAAAUGGAACGUCAACUUGAGCAAACUCGUAAACACGAACAACUUGUAGAGUUGGUUGGCAAGUUGACCGCUAAAAAGAUGCAACUUGGUCACCCUCUAUUUGACAUGUCUCGUUACACUGGUCAAUCAGAUCGUGCAGUUAGUGUAGAUGCCGAAGGUAUUGCACACUUUCCAACUGUAUUUUUGUAUCCAGAGUAUGGACAAUCAGAUUACAUUUUGGAUUUCCAAGAAGGUUACUGUUUUGGUGAUCAUCUCGAAUACAUGUUCCCUCCCGGCAACAAAGAGUUUGCUCAUUGGGACAAAGAUCAUCGUUACACACUAGACAAUAUCGAAAUUUAUUUCCAAACUAAUUGGUCAACUCCAAUUGAUUUAAAUAAUAAUAAUAAUAAUACAAAUACAAAGAAUAAUAGUAGCAAUAAUAAUAAUAAUAAUAUAGAUAAUAGUAAAAAGAAAAGAUGGGUUAGAUGUAAACAUACUACCAAUAUUGAAACAGUACUUUCACAUCCAGAAUAUGUUAUUCCUCAAAUUCCAGUCUUUUAUAUUAUUUCCAAAGGUUCUCCAUUUGCCAAUAAAUUUAUAAAAGAAGGUUUACUUUCACAAUAA